GGGGGCUUGGUAGGUCUACUCUACGUGAUGAGGCUACAACAAACGUGCACUAUUGAUUCAAAAGUGAUGGUUGAAGUACGAAGGGGAUGUUUUUAUUGAUGCAAAAGUGAUGGUAGAAGAACGAAGGAGAUGUUUUUAUUGAUGCAAAAGUGAUGGUUGAAGUACGAAGGGGAUGUUUUUAUUGAUCCAAAAGUGAUGGUAGAAGUAGGAAGGGGAUGUUUUUAUUGAUCCAAAAGUGAUGGUAGAAGUACGAAGGGGAUGUUUUUAUUGAUCCAAAAGUGAUAGAAGUACGAAGGGGAUGUUUUUCGUCCACACAUUUCCAGGGGAAUGUCACCACUCACCGCCUCACCAACACUACUUCCCGGUAGACGUCAUUUCUACCCUUUCGUGUGGGGCAAUUGCAACAUCCCCUGGUGGAUACGUCUGCUAAUCUGACCGCGAAGAUGGCUUUAUUCGGUAAACGCGUCUGUGCUGCGGCACCGUCAGUCUAGUCAGAUGCAGGGUGCACGCCCAAGCGCCAACACUCAGACACAUGGUUGCGUCCAUGAACACCUGCUCUGUGGUGUCUAGUCUGAACAAAUGUGGGUCCAAACUGUACCGCAACUUGUUUAAUUUUCAUUAUAAUUAUGAGUUUAAUGUGCUUUGAGAGACAAUUACUAUUAUGAACCAAAUCACAUUUUACGGCGGAAGACGUGUUUAAUAUCGGAAGGCGACAAAACACUUUAAUAUGAGAUAUGUUAUGCAUGACAUUUUCAACUGCCUUAAAGCUUUGCUCUGGUGAAAAGGUGUUAUAAUGUGUUGCGGAUCCAGAUUUUCUCUGGUAGUUCUUUGCUACAGGAGAAAGCGGGGGGGAGUAGUUUGGGACGGGACGGAAGUGAAUCCGUUGCCUCUGUUGUUUCGUGUGAAUCAACAAAUUACCAGCGUUUGGUUCCACGUGUCUUAUUUUGGAAGACCUUCUGCAAAAUGAGUCUAACGUUUGUUCCCGUUCUGGCCUUGGUAUUAUCAUAAAUAACAGUGACAGUCCGACUGAAAGGACGGGACCAUUUUGAACAUGUCGCAGAACUGUUGCCAUGGCGAUGCCCAGCCGGUCUGUGGGACGGUGGACACGUGCAUCCCCUUCGCCACGGAAGACCGCUUGGAUGUGAUGUCCGAUGGCCCAGGCGGCCGAACACACCCCUCUGAUGGGGGACCAGUGGACGACUGCUCUGAUGAGGGACGGGUUCAGGCGGUGGGUCUGCAGGACUGCUCUGAUGAGGGACGAGUUCAGGCGGUGGGUCUGCAGGACUGCUCUGAUGAGGGACGGGUGGAGGACUGCUCUGAUGAGGGACGGGUUCAGGCGGUGGGUCUGCAGGACUGCUCUGAUGAGGGACGAGUUCAGGCGGUGGGUCUGCAGGACUGCUCUGAUGAGGGACGGGUUCAGGCGGUGGGUCUGCAGGACUGCUCUGAUGAGGGACGGGUUCAGGCGGUGGGUCUGCAGGACUGCUCUGAUGAGGGACGGGUUCAGGCGGUGGGUCUGCAGGACUGCUCUGAUGAGGGACGGGUUCAGGCGGUGGGUCUGCAGGACUGCUCUGAUGAGGGACGGGUUCAGGCGGUGGGUCUGCAGGACUGCUCUGAUGAAGUCCUGUUGAACAUCCUGCUGCAUGUGCCGCCCCAGGACCUGAUUUUGAAUGUGGCUCGUGUGUGCAGGCGUCUGCACACGCUCAGUAGGGACAAGAGCCUCAUCAGCCGCAUCAGCCUCUCCGGGCAAUACAUGGUGAGUGACGAGUGUGUGCGGUCUGUCCUGCGUCGUGUGCGUUCUGAGGUGCUGUCUCUGGACUUGAGCGGCUGCUACUGGCUGUCGUCGGCGAGCGUGUGUGAGGCGUGGCGCUGCUCUCGUCUGCGGCGGCUGGACGUGUCGGGGUGUGUGUUGUCGGCGGGGCGUCUGUCUCGCCUGCUGGCGGGCGUGGGCGAGCUGCGGGAGCUGGCGCUGGACGUGGGCAGGGGCUCGGACCUGCAGAAGCUGUGCGCCGACGGCAGACGCACGCUCUCCGGGCUGCGGAGCCUCACGCAGACGCUGCUCCUCCCCUCCUACGGCGUGCUGCCCCUCUGCCCCGCCCUCACGCGCCUGGAGCUCCGCCUGGAGGUGGGAGGGGCCUGCUGCGAGGGGGUGGAGCUGGCCGUCAGCCAGAGCAGUGUCGCCCACUAUGAGAACCUGAGCUGCCUCAGCGCCCGGUUGGCUCCCGGGGCCGCCAAUCGCACGCUGCUGGCCCUGCUGCUGGCGCCUCUGAGCGUCCGGCCAAUCACACGGCUGACGCGCCUGCUGCUCUCCGCCCCCGGGUCCGCCCCUCCACGCCCACCCGCCCUCAUUGGCCUACUGGACAGCCUGGGGGAGGGGCUGACGCAGGGGAACGGACCAACCACAGCGCUGCAGCUGCCUGGCUCCUGGUUGGAUGGGGCCGGGUUGGGGCGUGUCUUAUCGCGGGGAUGCCCGGCCUACAUCAGCUUGGCUCGGGGAGGCCCCUCCCCCUGUCUCCCGGACUACGACCUCAGCCCCCUUCGGAGCCUAAACCUGAGUGGGUGUGGCCAGGACCUUGAUUCUGAUUGGCUGCGGGCGCUCUGCGAGUCCUGCCCAAUGCUGCGGCACCUCAAUCUCAGCGGGAUGCACUAUCACCAUGGCAACAGGGGUGCUGCUAUGGCAACGGCAGAGAUGCACCCCUGCAGUCUUCUGGCCGAGCUCACGCACCUGCUGUCCCUCGCGCUGUCCGUCUGCACCGUUGCCGAGGGAGAUGGAACCUCCGCGUCGCCGGCCGAGGCCAGCCCCCUGCAGGGGCUUCGGAAAGCUCGGCGCGUCGGCGCGGAAACCUACCGGCUCGGCACGGACGCCAUAGGCUCAUCGGCGGCGGACGGGACUAGUCUGCGCCGGCUCCUGAUUGGCUGCUCCCGUCUGCAGGAGCUGGAGCUGGUGGGGGUGGAGUUCUGCUCGGCCACGCCCCGGUACGAGGCGCCCAUCCGGAAGCAGGCGGCGGGGUGUGUGUGUGCCCGCGGCGUGGGCGAGCGGACGCUGGCGGCGCUGGCGCUGAGGCCCUCUCUCCGCGUGGUCGCGCUGGCAGCGUUGCCAGGGCUACAGACGGGCGCCAGUCUGUGCCAACUCACCCAGCACUGUGCCAACCUCGCCUCGCUCUCCAUCGCCAACCUGGGCAACACACACACCGUGUGCUACACACACACACUUCUACAGGCUCUACCGCACUGCCAACGUCUACGAGACCUACGCAUUGAGCAGCCCUACUUUAACGCUAACGCGGCGUUCUUCGAGGCGAUGGGGGAGUGUCGUGCUCUGCAACGUCUCUGCAUCGUCUCCCGCAAUGGAACCUUCACUCCCGUCGCCGUGGCAACCUUCAUGCAGCGCUGCACUGAGGUCAUCAUGUGUCACCUGCUCAUGGGCGGAACCCUGGUGGCCUGUAGAACCCUCCAGAAGAACCUGAUGGACAGUCUCUCCAGCUCCAGGCCUUCUCUCAGUGUGGUGGUGUUUCCCCUCCUGCAUGAAGACCUUCCCCAGGUGGUCAGAGAGAUUCCACUCACACACCUGGACCAGAUCACACUCUACAAGAGUCGUGUCGCUCAGCAACCACCUGCCUGAUGGAGAGAGAGAGAGAGAGAGAGAGAGAGAGAGAGAGAGAGAGAGAGAGAGAGAGAGAGAGAGA